GCUGUCUCCGAGUGAUCGCGCGCUUCAUGCUGCUGCCGCCGCCGCUCAACAGAUCAGACGCACGGUCGCGAAUGACCGUAAAGCACGCCAAGCCGCUGCUGUAUCUGUGGACAUUUGCUUCCUCAGAGCCCGUUUGACUCUGGAGUAUCCAAGCGGGAUUGUUAGUCUGUGUAAGAGAGACACAGAGAGAGCAGUGAAGGAGACGGAGAAGGAGGAGGAGGAGGAGGAGGAGGAGGAGGCCACUCCUUUGAUAAACUGUGCAAACGCAAAACAAGCUCGCUCAUACAGCUGCUGCUGGCUUCUGUUUACAUUCAGCAGAUGUGUUUGGACUCAUAAUUCGCUCGAGCGCUGUGUUUGGAUCCUCUGCGUUCACGAUUAUUCCCGUGUCGGAUCUUCAAAGAGGAAACAAUGUAACCUGGUAACACGAAUGCAGACUUCCUUGGUUACGUGGAUCUCAGUGCCAUGGCAGUAACGCAGUGGGCCCUUCAGACAGCCAGACCUCAUAAACACCUGUCAAGAACGAACGCUGGGAUCCGGCUUUUGUUCUAAAAGCUGAACCAAACGGAAGCAAGGGAAUCCAGUCUUGCUAGAGUUGAGAAGAUCCUACAGCAGCAGUGAGCCGGGCCGGAGUGAGGUGAAAGCACAGGCACAUCGCAGCCAUGCUGGAGGAGGACAUGGAAGUGGCCAUCAAGGUGGUGGUGGUGGGGAACGGAGCGGUCGGGAAGUCCAGUAUGAUCCAGCGAUACUGCAAGGGCAUCUUCACGAAGGACUACAAAAAGACCAUCGGGGUUGACUUUCUGGAAAGACAGAUCAUAGUUAACGGUGAGGACGUCAGGCUGAUGUUGUGGGACACAGCAGGACAGGAGGAGUUUGAUGCCAUCACCAAGGCCUAUUAUAGAGGAGCUCAGGCCUGUGUGCUGGUCUUCUCCACCACCGACAGAGAAUCCUUUGAGGCCAUCAGCAGCUGGAGGGAGAAAGUGGAGAUGGAGGUCGGAGACAUUCCCACCGUCCUGGUGCAGAACAAAAUCGAUCUGCUGGACGACACGGUUAUCAAAAAUGAGGAGGCUGAAGGUCUCGCUAAGAGGCUGAAGUUGAGAUUCUAUCGGACGUCAGUAAAAGAAGAUCUGAACGUCAAUGAGUGCGUUUUCAACACUACACCCCACCAGACCGCCGGCGAUCUGAACGGCCGUGAGGUCAUAAACCUGCGCCCAAACAAGCAGAGGACCAAGAAAACUAAAAACCCCUUCGGUAGCUGCAGACUGCUGUAG